AUGAGAAUUUCAUCUCUCAUUCACAGGUGGAUGGUGAUCAGAGUAAGAGAUCUCCGUCUGAUCCGCGUUCGACUUGUGGUACUGACGAGCAUUCCAGGUUAUCUCUCUUGGCGGAAACUGGGAGAUGUCGCAGCCUCACUUUACGCUCUCGGCUACCACCAACAACAAACAGAGUCAUUCCGUACGGCCCCUAGUUUCCUGCGAGAUCUUCGUCAGACAGCCUUCUGUCGGACCUACUCCGCUGAUAAAAACGUUUCCAUAUUUCUGGGCCGACCGCCUCGUAUCUUACGGAAAUUUUGCUACUUCCACCUUCCAGGCACCCUUGCGCAGCCCAACCAGAAAGCUGGUCACGCCGAUGCUCGUGCUCAAUGGGAUGCCCUCCCGGAGAGCUACCGCCUCGAAGGAAGCCUCAAGACAUGCAAUCGGCCGCCAGUGGAGCGUGACUUCAUGGUCAACAUGAAACUGAACUAUCUUCACGUUCACUUCCUCUUGCGGCGGGCUUUGCUCCGGCCAAUGUCCAUGGGCCCGGCUCCGGAAUUGUUCAAUAUCUCUAAAGACAUGCUUGGCCUUGUGGUCGAGACGAUUCUACUUAAGGACCAGAUAGUCAAUUCCGGUACAUCGUUAGUCUGGAAGGUCGUGUACUACGGGUUGUCAGCGGCUGGACUGGUCUCUCUUCACCUUGCUAACCAAUCAUAUGCCAAUGAGAUGCUCGAGAUGGACAUUUCCAAGAUAUUCCAGGACCUAAGUAUCCUCGUGGGAGAGAUCAUAAGUGGAACAUUGGUAUAUGUCGACUCGCCCAAUUACGCCUUACUCUCUGAGGCAAGUCAAACAAUCAAAAGUCUGCUCGACCGAAUGAUUUUGCCUCUGCAGAUCUCGCAAAGGAUGGGGACCACAUCUGGGAAUCGAUCCGCGGCGCUGCCAGGCUCCGAACCUAUGGGAACUUUGAACGAUGGAGGCUUGGAUCUAUGGUAUGACAGCAAUUUUCAGGAUUUUGAAAUGAGCUUCUGGCACCAUCUCGCUGGUCAUCCAUUUCUUCAUGGUUAG